GGAUCAAAGCGAAUAGAGGAGGAGUCAGCAAUGAUUGACAUGAUUUCGGAAAGCGAACCAGACUCCACUGUGGUCGAGUAAACUAGCAAAAGCAGGCUAUCGAGGUACAGCCAUAACACCGUGUGUCACUGUGAUUUUUCCGCGAUAUUGUGUAAAACUUCGCCCUCGGUUCAAGUCGUCGUCGCGGACCAGCGUGUGAAACAAACGAACGAUGCGUUUUCAUCCUUGAUUUUCGCUUCAUUGCCAUUCGCGCGGAGUUGAUAAUGAUUAAGAUGAAACUGCCCAUGAGAACGGCGGAGGAAGGAGGGGACGAUACGGCCGAGGAGGAACAGGAAAAAACGGAUUGCAAUCUCCGUUUUCCCAGUUCGAUUUCCAACAGGUUUGAGGAUUCCACGAGAGGACUGGGAUACCCCCUACCUCAGCUGGAUAAAGAGGCUGUUUUCGAGUGGUUUGGCUUGAAUUUGAAUCCGGCCAAGCGAAUAGAGUUUAUGUGUGGAUUGCUCCAUAUGUGCCAGCCGCUGGAGCUCCGCUUUUUGGGCUCCUGCCUAGAGGACCUUGCACGGAAAGAUUUCCACGUCCUACGGGACUUUGAGACCAGAGCUAACAGUCCAACCGAUCUAGGCCUUCUGACGGACGUUACCGACCCUGUCGUUCGAUCUAAACUGCUAGUUUGUCUGUCUCUCUUGGGGUCUGAAAACAGGGAUUGUGCGGGAAUACUGUUUCGAAUAUUGAGCCAUGUGGAUUCUGCUUUGUACUUCAAAAACUAUGACUUUCCACUUUCACCGUAUAGGGACUCUGAGCACUUCCAGAAUUCCCAAAGUGAGGAAGGAGAUGAAACAGGGAGGUCAGGACAUCGUUGCGGGCCUCCACUGGAGCCAGGGUCCGGUGCGCUGGAACAGUUGGCGCUGCUUUUUACAAUGGCCUCUUUACACCCGGCGUUCCACUUUCACCAGAGAGAAACUGUCAGGACACAACUGGAUAAAGUCAAUGCCGCCGUAGAGGAAGAAAGGCAGCACUACCAACACCGCACCAACGCCCUGCAGCCCGAGGUGCCCAAAGCGGCCUACCUCUCCCCCAGCACUGAGGCCAGCCCGCGGGACAGCGUGCAGUCGGCCCCCCACGCAGGCCCCCCCACGGCCAGAGCACCCCAAAGAGAGGCCGUGCACAUCGAGAGGAUCGUGCUGAAGGGGAUCUCCAGGAGAGGAGCAGAGAGGGAGUUCAGCUUCGAGGUGAAAUGGUCAGACUCCACUUCCACAAACGUGACCAAGACGCACCAUGAGCUAGAGGACUUUUUGUUAAAGCUUCCAAAGGACAGGGCUUCGGAAUCCUUCGAGAGAGGCAUCCGGAACCUGCUUCACCGUGGCGACCAGCACGAGGGCAGGGAGCUGGAGAGGACGCUGAGGGAGAAGUUCCUGUUGGCACCUCAGGAUUUCCGCCAGACGAGGAGAGUUUGCUCCUUCUUCCUGUCCGACCCCUUAAAGGACAACUGCAGCCGCUGUAAGGCCACGCCCCCGGGGCUGCCCGCCGAGCGCUUUAAGGAGGACUGCUCCGAGACGUCCAGUCAGGAGGAAGAUCUGGAGCCGUACAUUCCAAGCCUCCGAAAGAGACACGGCAGCAAGAGCCCAAGCCUUAGCACUCCCAGUACCAAGAGCUCGCAGGCGGAGAGCCGGAGGACGCCGCGCUCCGAGCACAACGGCGCCACCGACUGGAGGAGGAGCGUCCUGGAUCCCCACGCCGCGGGACCCCUGCAGCACCCCACCGAUGACAAACGGAACGGCCCCCCAGGAAACAAGAGCAGAGGGAGAACACUGGCAACCGACAGGGAGAAAGGGAGGAGAGGAGAGGGGAGAGGGGGUGCUGUCUGUAAUGGUCUUCUCAGGCCACCCCCCCCAGCGCAGACAGUGAGACACCCCCCUGGGAGAGACUGCCCCGCGAACUCCGGCUCGGGGCAGGACACGUUUGGGGAGACGUCCUCGGAGAGCUACAGCUCGCCCUCCAGCCCGCAGCACGACGGCAGGGAGAGCCUGGAGAGCGAGGAGGAGGACGACAAGGACCGAGAGACGGACAGCAACUCUGAUGACUUCCUGUCCUGCAAAGCGGUGGGCGGAGCUUCAGUGGUCGCGGUGCACCCCGCGGUCGCCGUCCCGCAGAAGGACGGCCUCCCCUUGAGCGCCCCCAAGUUCCCCUCGCUGCCCGUCCUGCAGCCCCUGCCGUUCGUGGCCCAGAACGGAGUGCCCCCCCCAGCGCCAGGCGAGGGCAAACCGGGCGUGGUUCUGCCCCGGCCGCGGCCCUGGUACCCCGCGAGCCCCUGGCCGGGCACGCCGCGGGGGGCGACGCAGAGAGACCGCCGGAACCCGCCCCCCUCCCGUCCGCCCUGGGCCCCGCCCUCCCCGGCCCCGCCCCCCAGCCCCUGGUCCAGCGCUUUAAGACCGGCCCGUGUCCGCAGGCGGGGUCCAAGGCAGGUGGCUCCGCCCCUCUCCCACCCCCCAUGGGCGCCAUCAGCGUCAUCGCCCCCGGCCCCGCCUACCUGUCCCCCCUUCAGCCGGGCUACCCCGCCCCGAGCCGACGCCCGCCUCCGGCGCCCCGCGACCGAGCCCGCCCCGCUGCCCCCCUCCUUCUCCGUCCCCGCCCCCCCGCGCCGUCAUUCCCUCCCCGGGCGGAGCCACGGCCGCCCCCGCCGGCGUGCCAGCGCAGGUCCCGGCCCCUCCCCCGCCGUCCCCGGCCCCGCCCCCGGCCCAAGCCCCGCCCUCACCCACAGCACGGCGCACAUCGCCAGCGGCGACGGCUCCGCCUACAUCAACAGCAGCGGCCCCGGGGGUGGCCCCCAGGCCGCCCCCCAGCCCCAGCCCCCCCAGCAGCAGCAGCAGCAGCAGCAGACGGCGGCCCCCCCUCACCAGCCCGUGGGCUGCGGCGCCUGUGGCUGCCGCGGCAACUGCGGCGGCAGCGGCCACGCCCAGAGCUACUUCUUCCCGCCCCAGGUGGCGCGGCAGGUGUUCGGCAUGCCGCCGCUCUUCCACCUGACCUCACUGUGCGGCGGGAGCAGCUACCUCAGCCAGGCCGGCAACGGCGCCACCCAGCUGCCCUUCUUCCCGUACCCGGGCGCGCCCCUGCUGCACGCCCCCGCGCCCGGCGACGCCCACGUGCUGGCGGGCGCCCAGGCCGCGGCGGCGGCGGCCGGGUACGGCCUGCAGCAGAUGCCCGCCUUCGGCCGCUUCUACCAGCCCGUCUUCUCCUCGCUGGGCGUGGUGCCCGGGGCCGGAGGGCCCGCCCCCAAGAAGAGCGGCAGCGUGUCCUGCUACAACUGCGGCCUGAGCGGGCACCAGGCGCACGACUGCAACCAGCCCUCCAUCGACGCCUCGCAGCCAGGUGGAUUUCGGCUGAAGUUCGUCGCUCCCCACUCCAAUGACGGACUCGACAAAACGGAAUGAGGCCGCUGGGAGACCACUAUGGCGUUUUCUCGCUCCGCUAAAUUAAAGAUUCCAGAGACCCGGCGUUUUAAGGGGCGUUUUUUUAUUUUUUUAUUUCUAUUACAUUUUAGAAUGUGCUUCAAUGGCCUGGCGGGACUAUAAGAACGCUGCGCCUGUUUUCUUGACAAGGGGAAAUCCUGUCGUUGCCGCGGAGAGUUCCUUUCGUGGCCUCUGGUGUUUUGCACUGAACACGGGCUUUGGCGCCACCUAGUGUUUACUAACUUAUUUUCUUAAAUUGUUAAAAAAAUAAAAAUAAGGCAUCUUUGUUGGAUGCCUGGUGAUUUUUUUGAUCUUAGAUAUAAAGGAAGGACUUGGGAGGACUGGGGUUAUUAAAGGGUUUUUUGUGGGUUUAUUUUUACUAUUGUAUAUUUAUCCUUCCUAUCUUCUUGUUUCUAUGAGAACAUUUCUGCUUUUCUAUUUGAGUCCCCGCAAGUCAGCACAGAAUUUCAUUUAACGUUGGCAGAGGAUUCACCAACAAGUUCAUUUAAUAGCAAAACCUGCCUGUAGAAGAAGACAAUUUUAUUUCUCUAGUCCUCUGAAGUUUUGAGGAAAUACGAUUUCAAAUGUUGAAGGAGAUGGCUUUAAAACCUGAAAAUACAUAGGAUUUUUUUUUUUCAAAGCCAAUAAAAUUGUUUAAAGGACUUUAGGAGCAGCUAAUCGUUUAAAUGCAUUUUUAAAUAUUUAUUCAAAAAUGAAAAAAAAAGAACAGCUAGUGUGAAUUAAGGAACGUUGUGUUUGUACAGAAAAGUACAGAAAAGCUCCUCUGAUUUCUCUUUUUGUUGUUUUGGUUAAACGACAAGGAAAAGGUUUUUUAAAUGCUUUCCUUUUCCUUUCUUAUAAUAUGUAUUUAAAUCUCGGAUCCUUAUUCUCCUGAGCGGUGGAUGUUUUGAAUGUAUGUUAACCUUUUUUUUUUCUUUUCUUUUUUUUUCCCGUCGGUUUGAGGAAUUUGACUUGGCGUGUUGGAAAUGGCAUGCGAGCCCUUUUUCCAAGCGUUCGCCGCGUGAUAUAAUGUGAAACCCAGUCGUUAAGAAGUUAUUCUUCAUACCUGUGUCAGGUCAUUUCAUCGAAUGCUGCUGUUUGUUUGUUUGUGUUUUCGUUUUCGUUUUUUUUUCUCUUAGUGGGGAAAGUGCACUACUGCAGGGAGAGCCGUUCCUGGAAAGCCCCCCUGCUCACGCCAUUUUGGCUCCAGCCCCCCUUAAUCCCUGUCUUUAGGAACUGGCUUUAUGUAUUGCUCUAUACAUACGGUUUUAUGAAUCUCUACGCAUUUAAAGUUACGCAUUUCCAGUAUUUGGCUGUCAGACGGUUGAGUUUAGGGCAGAGGUUGGAAAAUCCGGGUUCGGAAAGUCAGAGUCCUCCCCGGUAUUUUGUUCCAGUCAGCUGGAUUUGCUGAUUAGUGCAAUUCUUCAGCCUUCAGAGUUCGUGGGUUGGAAGAAACACACGGCCUGGACUUUUACUGUCUGACCCCUGGACUUUCCACCUCUGGAACAGGGCGAAGAAGAAGAAAGUGAUAUGUCACUUACAGAAAGAGUUGUAGUAACUGGACUGAAAACAAGCUUCCACAUAACACCUUUCCAGGAAUUGAAGUUUAACACACCCCUGCACUAUAAAAUACCAGAAUUCGUUUUUUUAUUUUUUAUUCUUCAUUUUUAAAAAAAUACAUCCUCAAGUGCACUGCCGUGAUGAACAGAACCGGGAGAGAGCGGGAGAGAGCUCGUUCUGCUGCCGUCCGCCUGCUCUUCCUUCCUUGGUGAUGAGCCCGUUCCCCCCCUAUCCCCCCUGCCCCCCCCCCCUCCCCAACGGUCUGUAUGCUGUAGUGUGGAUUCUUAGCUCUGCAGGUGCCUGAUUCUUUUUUUUUCCGAGUCUGGGAAUUUUAAGCGGAGGGGAAUCGCAGCCACUGGGAGAAUUUCAGUCCGUGGGGGGGGUAUUUUUCAAAAAAAAAUAAUAAUUAAAUCUGAGGGGUUUCCCCUCUCGCUGAAGCGAUGAGAUUUGGAAGCGUCGUGCAUGCUAGUGCAUACACGCGCGCACACACGGUACAAACGCACGCACGCACGAGAUUUACGCUCAGCUCUGAGAAUACGAACAUCAUGAACUCAGCGACACGUGAAUGAUUGGCAAAAGAGAUGACUGUAUCCUGCUUGUAGGAUCAGUCCCUGUUCUUAAUGCUUCCUCGCCAGUUAUCGCAAUCUACACGUAUGGUUAUAGCUUGUGUCCGGACCCAGUGUGUGUGUGUGUGUGUGUGUGUGUGUGUGCAUGCGCACGCUCGCUAAAUUUAAUAUAAAGUUGUUUUAUGUUGCCCCCAUUAGUUGGAUUUUGAGGGGUUUUUUUUGAUCUUGCAGUAUUUUCUAAAAAGAUGACUUUGACCACCGAAGUGGCUUUGUAAAAAAACCCUUCCCGUUUGUGAUGAAAGCGAAGACAGAAAAAUUGGUCUUUGGUGUUGAUGUUAAACAAAAAAAAAAUUUUUUUUUUAAAGUGCGGUAAUGUAGAAUUUAUUUUGAUUAAAAAUUAAAAAAAGGAAGAAAAAAAAUGAAAAAGAGUGGACCACAGAUGCUUACGUGGAGUGUGCUGAUUGGCUGGUGAGUCCUGUGCUCUUGUAGGAUGGCUGUACUGUGCAUACACACACACCUGCCAGCUCUGUUUGUGGAACACCUGUAAGGUUUAAAAUGCUGUACUGUAUAUAUGGGGGUACAAUGCUGCCCCCAGUGGUAUGUUUACUGUAUUCUUUGAUAUCUAAAUGUUAUUAUUCUGUACUGGAAAAAGGUCAAAUAUAUUUCUAGAACAAAUUUGGAUUUUAUGUAAAUUGAUUUUUUUUUUCUGGAAUUGACAGCAAUAAAUAAAAUUUUAAAAAAUCACCAAA